AUGAGAGAUAGUGCUCUGUUUUUCUCUGCUUGUUUUAGCAUGUCGAAUACCAUAUGUGGAUUUACAAGGUUUUUAUGUGAAUAUACAUAUGUCUUCUUCUUCUUCUUCUUCUUCUUCCUCCCUUCUUCUUCUUCUUCUUCUUAUUGUUAUAUGAAUCCUCUACGAGAGUACGAUGUGUUUCUUAGUUUCAGAGGUUUGGACACCAGCCAUAACUUCAAGAGCCAUCUUUAUGCUGCAUUAUGUAGGAAGAACAUCAAAACUUUCAUAGAUGAUGAUAGACUUAAAAGAGGAGACGAAAUAUCACCUGCACUUGUGAAAGCUAUCAAGGAAUCAAAGAUUUCUGUGGUCAUUUUCUCAGAAAACUUUGCUUCUUCCACAUGGUGUUUGGAUGAACUAGUUGAAAUAUUUGAAUGCAAGAGAAAAAUGGGACAGUUUGUGAUACCGAUCUUCUUUGGUGUUGAUCCAUCACAUGUAAGGAAACAGGAAGGGAUUUAUGGAAUUGCAAUUGCAAAACUCGAGAAACGUUUCAAGAACAACAAAGAGUAUUAUAAGGUCCAAAAAUGGAGGGCUGCUUUGACUGAAGCAGCCAGUCUAUCUGGUUGGGAUUCACAAGUCACCAGGCCUGAGUCAAAAUUAGUUGAGGAAAUUGUGGAUCAUAUUGCGAAGAAAUUGUUCUGUUCUAUGUCUUCAAACAUGUUAGUUGGAAUUCGAAUAUCAUCAGUAAUUUUAGUACUGACAGCUGUGGUUCUAAUGUUUAUAGAGAUUGGGAAGCGAAAAUAGAUUUGUUAGCUAGCUGCUCGAGAAGAAGAAGAAGAAUUGUUAGCUAGUUUGGAUUGACACCUAUAUGUAUGGCUUAAUUAAUUGGGUCAGAAAGCUUAACAUUGAUGGAAGCUUCAAAUAUCGAAUUCUGAACGGGCUUUGAUGGAGUGAUUUUUUAAUAACUUGUUAAUAGGAAAUUCUAAUUACUCUGAGAUUUAGCUAUAUAUCGGUCACAAUAUAUCAAUGACAUUUAUGAUGGCUAAAAACAUUAUUUAACUACAAAUGGAGACUUUUAGCGACCAUAUUUAUUGUAGCUAAUGCCCUUGCUUUUCAAAGUGUGUGGGUUAUAUUGGAAAGAAAUGUAUUGUUAUGCUCUA